GGAGGAGUGUGACAGUGCUCUGUGAAUCCCAAACCAGGUGUGCAGUGAUGCAGAUCUUCCAAAGAAACGUGAAACCAAACCCAAACAGAAAUCACUGAGAGGGAAAAAGUGCAACACGAGAGGUGAAAUGAAAAGCUGGCCUGUGGAGAGGAGCUGCUGGGAGCUGUGACAAAGGAGGGCAGAGGAUCACUGCACAGCUGCGUCAAGGCGCCAGCUCAGCCUCGUGGUGUGCGCUGCGGUGUGGGUCAGCAGCCGAGGAUGGAGGUGCUGCGCCGCUCCUCCGUCUUUGCUGCAGAGGUGAUGGAGGUUUUUGACAGGUCUCCCACUGACAAGGAGCUGGUAUCCCAAGCCAAGGCUCUCUGCAGAGACUACAUCAACUCUAGGCUGGUUCGCGCAGGUGUCAGCUGGAGCAAACCCGAGCACAACGUGCCGGUGCCCGGGGGGAAGCUGGCAGAGGUGUCCACCAUCCUGCUACGGCUGGGGGACGAGCUGGAAUACAUUCGCCCCAACGUCUACCGGAACAUCGCGCGCCAGCUGAACAUCUCUCUGCACUCGGAGUCGGUGGUGACUGACGCCUUCCUGGCUGUGGCUGCCCAGAUCUUCACGGCAGGCAUAACGUGGGGCAAGGUGGUGUCCCUGUACGCCGUGGCCGCAGGGCUGGCCGUGGACUGCGUGCGCCACGCGCAGCCAGCCAUGGUGCAUACCAUCGUCGACUGCCUCGGGGAGUUCGUCCGCAAGACCUUGGUGACGUGGCUGAAGAGGAGAGGAGGCUGGGCAGACAUCACGAAGUGUGUGGUGAAUACUGACCCCAGCCUUCGCUCCCACUGGCUCGUGGCUGCUGUUUGCAGCUUUGGUCACUUCCUCAAGGCCAUCUUCUUCGUCCUGCUGCCUGAGAGAUGAGUCC